GAUAUUCUCCGUCCGGGUACUUUGCAACCUCAAUUCGAAAAGUCCGAUGCAGUUGCGCCCAUUGACGAAACGCCCGUCGAGGUUUCCACAAAGACUUGGUGGCAGCGACGCGCUCCCGUCAUUGCUUGUGGUUCCGGACUCUUCUCCGAUGGUUACCUCAAUGGCGUGAGUCAAAUGCAGUUCUACCAGAAGCACCUGUCUGACAUAUUUCCANNGGUCAUCGGAUCAGUGAACACCAUUCUCAAGAAACUCUACAAACAUGAAUACAUGCACAGCAAUGCUCAGAGCAACAUCACUUCACUCGUCUUCGUCGGUGAAGUCGUCGGUAUUAUCAUUUUCGGCUACACCUCCGACCGCUUCUCUCGCAAAUGGUCUAUCUUCGCAUCAACCGUCAUCUUGCUACAGAGCAUCAACGGCAUGCUUUCUGCACUGGCUGCUUAUCGCUUCCUUCUUGGUAUUGGUAUUGGUGGUGAAUACCCUGCUGGAUCAGUCGGUUGCUCCGAAAGCACUGGCGAGCUCGAGUCUGGUACUCGUAAUCGAUGGUUCAUCUGGUUCACCAACUUGGCAAUUGACGCAGGUUUCGUGAUUGCUGCAUUUGUUCCCAUGAUUGUGGUGAGUAAUCUCGAACCGCUUCAGCAUUUCAUCUCAACUGAUCACUCAAAUAGNGUAUUGGCUACUGGUGAGGACCACCUUCGCGCUGCCUGGCGUAUCAUGCUUGGUAUUGGUGUGAUUCCUCCCCUCUCCUUGUUCUACAUGCGCUACAAGUUGCAAGAACCUGAAGCAUACAAACGAAACACCAUGGCCAAGUGCAAGACUCCUUGGAAGCUCAUCAUGAAGAAGUAUUGGUUCCGCCUGCUUGUCGUCUCGACCAUCUGGUUCAUCUACGAUUACUCGUCAUACGCUUUUGGAACCUACUCUGCCCCAAGUGUCGACAACGUACUAGGCCCUGAUGCACCAAUGUGGAAGACUUUUGGCUGGAACACUGUCAUCAACCUUUUCUACAUUCCUGGCGCCUUCAUUGGAUCCUAUGUUUCCGACUGGAUCGGUCCCAGAAAGGCUCUUGCUUACGGUGUCACUGCACAGGCUGUGGUCGGUUUCAUCAUGGCUGGUUGCUACGAGAAGCUGGCUAUCCCAAAGAACAUUGGUGGAUUCGUUGUGUUNGGUCCUGGCGACAACAUCGGUCUUAUCGCAUCCAAGACUUCUGCCACUGCCGUUCGCGGUCGCUACUAUGCCGUCGCUGCAGCCUUUGGCAAGAUCGGUGCUUUCAUCGGCAACUAUCUCUUCCCCAUCCUUGUAGCUGACGCAGGAAGCAACACCAUCAAGGGCAACCAAUACCCCUUCUGGGUUGCUUCUUCUCUCUGCAUCCUGAGCGCUUUCCUCGCAUUCUUUUGUUUGCCUGAGAUCGAACAGGACACUAUUGACCAUGAAGAUGCUGCCUUCAAAGCAUAUCUCCUUGAGCAUGGCUGGGAUAUCUCUCGUAUGGGUCUUGCUGGUGCUGGUGGUCCCAUGGAAUCUGACGCCGAGAGUUCGCGAUACAACGCCGGGAAGAUGGAUCACUAA